UUCACUGUCAAUUAGUGUCAGCAUUCGCAGCAGUAACGAGCUUUUGAUACAAGAUGUUCCCAGUCAUUAUCCUCGCCUUGGUGGCUUCGGUCACAGCCAACGUCUUCGUCGACUCUCAGUGCCCAGACCUUAAGCCGGUUGAGAACUUCAAUUUUGCCUCUUAUGGCCAGGGAACAUGGUACGAAUUGGGCAGGUACCAAAAUAACGCUGAGAAGUCGGGCAAGUGCAGUAGUGCUGAGUACGAAUUAGAGGGCGAUUUCUUCAAAGUAAAGCACCUACAUGUUGCCAACAAUAAGCUCGCUAUUAUCGAAGGUACCGCGAAGCUCGCUGACGACGCUGAAAACACUGGCAAACUUCUCUUCACCCUGCCCUAUGGACCAUCCGGCGCUGAAACUAAGAAUGUCUUAAAUGUUCUUGCCACUGACUACAAAAACUACGCCGUCGCCUACCAUUGCAAAUUCGACGAAGAUAAGAAGACCCGUCAAGACUUCGCCUGGGUUCUAUCCAGAACAAAGACUCUCGAAGACACCGUGAAGACUACCGUCGAGAACUUCGUUAAGGAAUCGGCGAUACUCGACCUCAGCAAGUUCACCUGGCCAGACUUCUCUGAUGAAGCCUGCAGGGUCGAUGCCUAAACAUCAAUUUAAUUAGAUUUUAACAAGAACAGUAUCGAGAUUUACAAUACGAGUGACCAAAAUAUACGUGUACAAGGAUUUAAUUAUUUUCGUCAUAAGAAGUGAAUUGUUAACCCAUUAAAUAAAUAUUAUUAAAUAUACAUACC